AAUCUAGAGACCUACGUUCUUUGGUCUUUUAAUGAAAAUUGUUUAGAAUAUGCUAGAUAUUCCAUAAAAAUUACUAAACCUAUACAGAUGACACUAGGUGUAGCAUUAUGUUUCUCAGCAACAAUGGGUAGGAGUUGUUAUGUUUCAGUAAUAUGUUUAUAGACAUUCACAGCUGACCACCUGAUAUCAACAUUAAUUAUAUAGUACAUAUAGCUUCCUUAAAAACAUCAAACUACAAAAUAAAUAAUAAUAUAUAUAAACUAGAAGUCAUCGGAAUUAAACAUUCGUUAAUAUGAUUGAAAUAAGGGCAAAGCUAGUACGCGCUGAUUCGGCCAUAUACGCUACAGGAGAAAGAGUGGAGUGUCUCAUUGAAUUCACACACAUUGGUUCACCUGGUGAGGAUAACAUCCGCAUGGAAAAUUUAGCUUGGGCCUCGGCGCAGUUACAUUGUUAUCGCAAGACGAGCUACAAUGUUACAACCAGUGAUAAAGUGAAUGAAUUGGCAGAACUAGUAGGCAAAACAGCAUUGGAUGCUGUAACACAAGCAAGUGGCGACAUCAUAAUUGCUACAAAUCCUAAAAUUUUAUUUUGUGAUUUAAAACUGUCGCCAGGUGAAACCAAAAUAUACUUUUUCAAUGAAAUUUUGCCACGUAACGGACCACCAACAUAUCGAGGGCACGACAUUAAGUAUUUCUACAAAAUUACAAUAGCCACACAACGAGUUAAAUCCAAGGUACAAAUGCUUGCUGUGCCUAUACGUGUUCUACCUAUUCCAAUUAUUGCGCGUCUAGAUGAGAUGCACUGCACUGAAGAAACAAAUGACGAGCUAGCACCCACAAAUCCCUUCCUAGAAAAGCGUGAAAUUUCCGAACUGGAGAUAUCUUGGCAUCAUCUUAAGAAUGUAACUGCCCGUCGGGCACCUAAAUAUUACCGUAUAUCAAACAAGCGUGGAUUUGUCGGACGCUUUUGCCUGUUUAAGUCUUCUUACAAAAUUGGUGAAGACAUUGUUGGAAGUUUGGACUUCAGUAAUUGUAAUGUGCGUUGCGUACAGUUUUCUGUUAAACUACAAUCACAAGAAAUAUCUCUGCAAUCCAACGCCAACCAGACCAGUGGUGACUUAAACGACGCCUCAUCAGUAAAUUCAUUAGACUUGGCAAGUGUUGCAAGCGGUACAGCAAUAGAUAAUCUUCACAAAUCGAAGACAUCGGCUAGUGCGCGCAAUGCAGAAGCUGAGGAACCUGUAGGAAAGGUGAGCACGUUUACCACCAUACACCAGGUUUGCUAUGCCAUGUUGAAGACCUCUGUAAUUAUACCUAUUCCACUGCAUGUAACACCCUCAUUUCGAACUGAUUUGGUGGAGUUACGCUGGCGGUUACAUUUUGAAUUCGUCACAAGCACAAUGAUGGACUUUGGGAAACCCAAUCCAAUUGAAGGUGAACUAAAAGCCCCUGCGGAAAUACCAGUCGAAACCAUGGUAUGGAACCUACCGGUUACUGCAAUAUAUGCGGCUAACCCGCUUCAAAUAUAUUCACCAAGUCAAACACAUAGUCUACUUAUUAAGUAAAUUACUGCAUUAUCUGUGUAUUUUCAAUAUUCAAAGCAUAAUAAAAAAUAAACACAUAUGUAUAUAUGUGCAAAAUGACGUCAUUCCUCGAAA